CUAAUUUUCUUGUGGUUCAUUAUAGAAAACAUAAAAAGAACAAGACACAGUUUAAAUGGCAGACUGCCUUUAUCUGAUAUGGUUCCUAUUGUUGCUUGAAGUCAUUGUACCAGUGCAUCUAUAUUUAAAGAACGAUACAGUCCAUUCAUCCCAAGAUCACAACUUAACGUGCGAUGCUGCCUAUUUUAAAAACCAGUACAUGGACAAAUCAAUAUUUAUUGGCAAUGACACACGCAACCAACUUGCUCAAGCUUGCGCUCAUCAGAAUUUGAAGUGUGAUAAAGCAGUGUUGGAAGCAUCAUUCCUUCAUAACGGAUCAUACCUGAUGCUUUUAGUGUUUAGGGAUAACAUGAUAGACAACAAAGAUUGCUGGGGGUAUCUUAUUAAUAUAUGGACGCCUACUUCAUAUAAACAGAUGUACAUCCCAAGAAACAAGAGUUCCAAGACCCAUUACAUAUCAAAUGCGAUUAUGUUAAAACCAAGCCAAAAAUAUGAAGCAGACAUAAUUUCCCUUCCUACAAUGGUUAGCAGAAAAUUAGAAUAUACAUCUCUUGAUGAAUGUGGAGAGGAAAUGGUGUUAAGUGUUUACAAUCAAAGUGUAAAAAACCUUGAAGAGAAGUGCAAAGGUUAUGCCCAAAUCGAAACAAAUACUGCCAACAGCAUUGCUACUCGAAUUUGCUACGAACAUCCUAAAUCAUUUAGUCAACGAAUUAAACUUUUAUCAACUAUGGACUGCGAUGGAAAGCUUCGACCUGUACCAUCCGUAACAUAUAAAAUAAAAAAUACGCAAGACAUUUUAUACGUAGUUCUUGGAAUCUUAGUGUUUCUCCUUGUGUUAGCGGUUGCGGUUUUUCAAAUGCUAAAACGAGGUGUUCGUUAUGGAAAAUGUCUUUUAUUCCCGAGGAGACUAAAGCCACUUCAACGUGAUGAAUGUGCUCUCAAUGAUCAGCAGAAAUCAGUAUUAAUACUACAUCGUCCAGGAUGUGAUAUUCUCGAAAAAUUUAUUCGUGAUUUUGCAUAUGUGCUAACAGUUUGUGGUGUUGAGGUAAAGGUGGCAUUGCUGGAGCAGUCAACGUUGGAUAAUGAAGGUGGCAUAGCUUCAUAUCUGCAAAGAAAUCUACAGUCAUGUGAUUACAUAUUUACAUUAUUAACAGAGCAAAAAGAAGAACCUCCUUUACUGAAACAUAAACCGUACGAAUUUGCUCUUCAAAUCAUCAGUGGAAUAGCAUUAAAUACCAAUAAUUGUUCUAGAUAUUUCCCACUUUACUUAUCCUCUUACCAAGAGACAGUGAGCUGGUUUCCAAGUUUUUUACUUGCUGCUAAACAUAAAGGAUUUAAAAUACCAGAUGAUUUUAAAGACGUUAUAGCAUUACUAUCUCCAAGUGUGGAUGAAAAUACAAUAGAGAAAAAGAAAAACCAUAAUCGUAUUAUAUUUAAACGCAUGGAAACUUUAUCAAAAAAAUAUCUCGAAGAAUCUCACCAAGAAUGUUAUGGGGAAAAAUGCAGAAAGGGAGAAGUUUACAUCAGCAGAAGUAAUCUGUCAUCAAUAUGGUCAUCUACAAUCAAUUCAAGAUGUUCAUCUUUCACAUCAAUAGCAUGCGACAUAAAACCUGAACUGCUGGUUAACAGCAAAUUAGAUAUUCUAGGUUUUCACAAGUCGAAGCAAUUUUGGCGAAACAAAUAUUACAGUUACGACAAUAUACUGACUAGGGUAAAAGAGGAAGAUGUUCCGUUUGGUGCAGUCUAAUUUUCAUAAUCAUCAAAAAUUAUUUAUUAAAGUAAUAAAUAUUUAUCAAUGUAAAGAGAUGUAAAAGAUGUAGAUUUCAAUUUGGUCUUUGAAUCAAUGACCGGGUUAAUGUGUAUAAAUUUAUAAAUAGCUUAAUAGAUCUGUUAAUAGAGAAAUAUACAGCAACGGA